AUGUCUACUCUAUUUUUUCCUUCGUUUCCACCAAACAUCGAUUUAAAUCAAUUAAUAAAACCUAUGAACCGUAAACAGAAAAGGCCUAUUAAAGCUCCAAACGCGUUUAUAAUUUAUCGAAUUAAUUAUUGUCGCGAAAUCUCAAACAAUGGAAAAAUAUCUCAGCCAGGAAUCUCUUCCAUGGCGAGUCAAGCUUGGAAGCUAGAACGCCAACAUGUUAAAGAAAAAUACUAUGAUUUGGCCAAACAGGCUCGAGAAAUUUAUUUGGCUACUAAAAAUCACGGUAAUAACGGUAGAAGUCAACCUGAAAAUGUGCAAGAUGUGCAAGCAGCCUUCAUCGAUAAUCAGCCAGAAAAUACAACCGAAAGCUAUAAUCAAGUAACAAUCGAAAAUUAUGCCUUCAUCGAUAAUCAGCCAGAAAAUGUGUACGAGAACGUUCAAGCAACAAUCGAAAAUGAUGCCUUCAUCGAUAAUCAACAAAAUGGAAUUGUCGAGGAGAUGGAAAUUAUAACUGGGAAUGCUGGAACUUCUUUUAACCAUCCACAUGUUGAUGUCAACAUUAAUUCCGAUCUUAUCAAUACGCAAAGUCGCAUUGUUACUCUUGAGAACGAACUUGUCUCCAUGCAGAAUGAAAUGAUUUCAAUGAGACAGACUAUAUUAGAAUUGAACCUUAAACUUAUAACUUUAUUUGGAAUUUAG